AUGUGCUCCCGCCAGGACAAAGACCAGUGCCACCGUCAAGAAGUGCCACCGACAAGUGCCUCCUCAUGCCACAGCAGUGAAGGGUGCCACGGGAGCAGUGGUGGAUCUGGUUGCCACAGGAGUGGAUCUGGUUGCCACAGGAACAGUGGUGGAUCUGAUUGCCACGGGAGCAGCGGUGCAUCCGGAUGCCACGGGAGCAGCGGUGGAUCUGGUUGCCACGGGAGCAGAGGAUCCAGUUGCCACAGGAGCAGCGGUGGAUCUGGUUGCCACGGGAGCAGAGGAUCCAGCUGCCACAGGAGCAGCGGUGGAUCUGGAUGCCAUGGGAGCAGUGGGGGAUCCUGCCAUGGAAAUCCACAGGAUUGCCAGCAGCAAAUUUAUCAAGUAUCCUCAAAGAUGAAGUGA